CUCCCAGGGUGCAUCGCGGUGGUGCAAGGGGGAUGACUACAAGUCCCAGAAUGCAGUGCGGCGUCGUCGCCAUGCUACUGGGUUCUGAGAACGGCAAGGUCCCUGGGAGGAGCAGGGUGCAGUGGAGGGGCUGAGGGCAGGAGUCCUGGGUUCUCCUUCUUCAUCUAACACCCAGACCGCGUCCUCACAGCUGGCACAGAGGUGCUGUGUCCACUGACUUGCCCAGUGCCCUUCGUUCCCAUCCGUGCCAGGCCCUGGUGUGCUCUGACUGUCCGCCAUGCGUCUGACUGCACUGCUCGCCAUGACUGCCGGGGCCACGGCGAAGCUGCCACCUGGCUACCGCCACGGCACCCACCGGCCCGGGUCCUAUGCCGAUAAGCUUAGGAACCCACCCUGGCUGCGGCGCAAGAGGGUGAUCUUGGAGCCGCUGAGCGAGGAGGACUGGAAGGUGUUCAAGGGUGACACGGUGGAGAUCCUAAAGGGGAAGGAUGCCGGGAAGCAAGGACUGGUGAGCCAGGUCAUCCGAGCCCGCCACUGGAUCUUGGUGAAAGGCUUGAACGUGCACUAUCGCUGCGUAGGGAAAACGGGCAACUACCCGGGCAUAUACGUUCCCAGCGAGGCACCCUUGAUGCUCCAACAGGUCACCCUUAUUGACCCUGCGGACAGGAAACCGACAGAGGUGGAGUGGCGCUACACAGAGGAGGGCGAGCGUGUGCGGGUGUCCAUGCGAACGGGUAGGAUCAUCCCUUUGCCUGAGUUCGAGCACCCGGAUGGUAUCGUGCCAGAGCUGUGGGUUGACGGGCCCAAGGACACCUCAGAGGAUGAUGCUGUAGCCAAGACCUACAAGGCAUCCCUGAAGACCUUCGAGGAGGAGAUCAUGGAGCGCAUGGGCAUCAUAGAAACACGCAGGGCCCGCAAGUCCUUCUGGUACUGAGCUGAACUGAGGCUUGUAAUAAAGACAUUCUCUUUUAAAGACCUA